UGGAGGAGGCUCAGGAACUUAGUGAGAUGCAAUUGCUGGUUUUAAUAUGGGAGGCUUUACUUGAGUCCUCUGAUACCACUCCUGUUGUGGUUGAAUGGGCCAUGUAUGAGCUCGCCAAGAACCACGGAUGCCAGGAGAGUCUAUACGAAGAGAUAAAGAGUGUAUGUGGGGAUGAGAAGGUGACUGAAGAAAAUCUACCACACAUGCCUUACCUCAAUGCUGUGUUUCAUGAGACACUCAGAAAACAUUCUCCAGUCCCCAUUAUGCCCCUCAAAUAUGCUCAUAAAGACACUGAGAUUGGGGGCUAUCACAUCCACAAAGGGUCUCAGAUUGCCAUCAACAUUUAUGGAGCUCAUAGAGAUGAGAAGGAGUGGGAGGAUCCAGAGGUGUGGAAGCCAGAGAGGUUCCUGACUGGCAAGCAUCAGUUGCAAGACAUGCACAAGACAUUAGCUUUUGGUCUUGGCAGGAGAGCUUGCGCUGGUUCAAUGCAAGCCAUGAACAUUUCAUGCACUGCGGUGGCUAGGAUGGCACAAGAGUUCAAAUGGACACUCAAAGAAGGCCAAGGCGAUGAUGAUGACACUGUCCUCUUCACCACUCAUAAGCUCCAACCCCUUGAAGCAUACAUUACGCCAAGAUCUACCCUUUAAAAUUAAAAAACCUAUUGUUUAGGUACCUUGUAUGAAGCCAGGGCAAAUUUUACAACUACUAAUUGUCAUCAAGAGCUUCAACAGAUCCUGGAAUAAGAAAUCCACGGGCCUUUUAUUUAUUUCUAGUUUAAAGUGCAAAUAAGUAGAUAUUAGUUGGUCAUGAUAAGAGUGUAAAAUUACAUAAGCAUCUUAUAAUUUUCUAGGUUAUUAG